AUCCAACAAAAAUUUGUAUAGACUAUAGAGAUAGAUUGCUGGACAAGACGCAGAUCUUCUUAAAAGUCUCAAGUAACACAAAGAAACAAAGUAACAAUCGCACCCCCCCCCCCGCCAAAAAAAAAAAAAAUCAUGUCCGACGGUAUCGCGCGUAGCCGUCUUGCGGAGGAACGAAAAGCCUGGCGCAAAAAUCAUCCCCAUGGUUUUGUGGCUAAGCCUAUGUCAGCGCCAGAUGGGUCUGUUAAUUUGUUGGUUUGGCAUUGUGUUAUCCCCGGCAAAGUAGGGACUGAUUGGGAAGGUGGCUACUUUCCUCUUACUAUCAACUUCAGUGAGGACUACCCUAGCAAACCCCCUAUAUGCAAGUUUCCAAAUGGUUUCUUCCACCCUAAUGUUUAUCCUUCAGGAAAUGUGUGCUUAUCUAUCCUCAGCGAGCGCCGUGGGUGGAGACCCUCCAUUACAGUGACGCAAAUCCUUGUGGGCAUUCAAGAUUUGCUUGAUCAACCUAAUGCUAGCGACUAUGCACAAACAGAGGGAUAUCGGCUUUACGUAUCUAACCCAGAUUUGUACCGGGAAAGAGUUCAACAGCAAGUCCUGCAAUAUCCACCGUCUCUCUAGUUAUAUGCUAGAUCUGAUUGAACUGUUAUAACUCAUAUUACUUUUUCGACUUCACUUUUGUUACCUAUAAUUUUAUCGACAAUCCAGGCUAUGCUUAAUUUACAGACAGUGUGAUGUAUGCAUUACGUUUUUGAAAUUAGAUCCAUGCUUUUCUACCUAACAAA